AUGAACCACCCAAUGAACUAUACAAAAGAACAACUUAGCGAUGAAACCUUGUAAGUCUAAAGUUAUUCUGUUCUAUACAAAGGUGUUGGAAACUACAGUACAAACACUGUUUUAAAAUGAGAUUAUUACUUAAGUGAUGGCGAUGAUGAUGAUAAUGAUGGUGACUACAGUAUAUUGAUUUCAAUGUUGGUGUCAAAAAUGGUGAUGAUGAUAAUGAUGACGACUAUAUGAAGUACAUAUUGAUGUCAAUGAUAGUAUCAAAAAUCGUGAUAGUUUUGAUGAGGAUGAUGAUGAUGAUGAUUAUGGCGAUGAUGAUGUCGGCAAUUAUGACGCGACGAUCGAAUGAUGGUGACAAUGAGAAUAAAAAAAUAUCGUAUUUGUAGCUCGGCGUAAUCAAUUUUUCCUUUGCCGAUUUUCCACCCGAUUUGAAAUUUUAUGACCAGAUUUACUUGUUUUAUGUUAAAAAACGGAUUUUCCUAGAUACUGUGCUUAAUGACUAUAAUCAUGUUCGAGAUAGUAAUGUUUGAUAACAUCAACACAACGUGCUUUCACGCAAAAACUUACCGAUGUGCUAUUCAUUUUCAGCUACAACCGUGUCAUAGACGUACUUGUUGCGAUCUGCGUGGUGUUUGCCUUAUCCUUUGUUCCUGCCAGUUUUGUCGUCUACUUGGUCUGCGAGCGGGAAUGCAAAGCUAAGCACCUGCACUUGGUCAGCGGUGUUCGUCCUUAUAUUUACUGGCUGUCUACGUACGUCUGGGACUUGGUAAGCCACAAGACUGUAAAACUUUCAACUGGUAAAAGGCUUAUAUUUGCAUUUCCUGCCCUAGAAAAGAUGGAUAAAGUACGGCUUAUGCCUUUUUGUGGCCUCUUUCUUUCAGGGAAACUAUGUUAUUCCAGCACUUUGCUGUAUUUUCAUUUUCUUGGCGUUUGGAGAAGAUUCCUACACGUCAGCUGCGAAUUUUCCACCAACGUUCCUUCUUCUUCUUUUGUAUGGGUAAGUUGAGCAAGAUCUUUCUAACUACAAAUAUAAGAUUCAAUUAACAUGGAACAAAUUAAUCGUGUGCAGUUUGCGUAUCGUAUUGUGUAAGUCAGUCGUGGGUUUGAUUUUCUCGAAGCCGCAGGCUUAUUUUGUUCACCGAAAAAGUUUCUCGUCCACAGCAGCGUUUUCGUAUCAUUUGUUCACACUCAAAUGAGCGUCCCUCCCAAAUAAGCCCCCCCCCCCCCCCGGCAAUCGUACUUGAAAUUAAUAAUCACCCGGGUGGGGCGGCGUAAUAGAGGAUUUACCGUACUGCCGACAUUUAUGCUUGUUAACAAUACUUAGUCCAAGAUGGUAGUCUAGGCCUAAUCUUCGCGAAAGAAGGAAGGAGGUAGCUUUUUGUAACUAAAAAGGAUUGAACUCUUAAAAUAGAUUUGCAAUCACAAAUUCGUGUUAAAAUUUUCUUUCAGAUGGGCAAUCACUCCGUUAAUGUAUCCAGCAUCAUUUUUGUUUACCGAGUCAAGCACGGCCUAUAUUGUGCUCAUUUGUGUUAACUUAUUCAUUGGAAUCAACACCACGCUUGCGACAUUCAUUCUGGAAUUCUUCACCGACGAUCAGGUAAGAAACUCGGAAUCAUUACAGUAAAAACCCACGAGUAAGAACCUACAUUUUUCCAGCGUUUCUUACAUAAAUGGUGGUUAACAUAAAUUUAGGCUAUCUAGGUUCUUAAUAGGUUCUUAAUUUCUUGCAAAAAAAAUAUGUCGUUGCUAAGAAGAUUUUAGUGAUCAGCACCCUUAAAUUUCCAUACCUAAUGAUUGCUUGUAUUUUAAUAUGACCAUAAUAGAGAUCUAUUCUCACACGAAUUUUAAUUUCUUGAGUCAAAACAACUUUAUAUACGUGAUUGUGCUGUAAAACACAAUAUUAUAAACAUUUUCUCAAUGACCUAAGUAAAUAUUUUAAAAUGAUUUUUGAAAAUAAGAACCUUUCUCCAAGUUUUAGGCUAAAGAGGUUCUUAUAUAGAGGGGGUCUUAAUGGCAAAUUUUAGCCUAACAGGUUCUUAAAUCUUAGGUUCUUACUCGUGGGUUUUUACUGUAUACAUUUCUAGUUCUCACUUUGAGCAAAAUGUUGGCUUAGGGGAGGGGUAGGUGGGCAGUUUCCCAGAGACGUAUAAUGAUCGGAAACUGGUCUCCUAAUCUUGAGGGUAGCAGUAAGCGAUGACCUAACCUGUGGUCUAUCAUGUUAAAGCUACUGAGCAGUACUUUCCUGUGGUACUGUUUGUUAUGCUGUACUAGGAGGUUCCAACUUUUGAGUCUGUGGAGGAAAUUCUUAAGUGUGACCGUUCAAAUGAAAGCUACUGAGCAGUACUUUCCUAUGGUGCUGUUUAUUAAGCUUUACAAAGUAGCUCUAACUGUUGAGUCUGUGGAUGAAAUCCUAAAGUGUGGCCAUUCAAAUGAAAGCCACUGAGAAGUACUUUCCCGUGAUGCUGAUCAAUACGCUGCACAAGGUGGUUCUCACUGGUGUUGGUAUUUAUUUAUUUUUUUCUUUCUGAAAGGAACUGAUUCAAAUCAACGACAUGCUAAAGACAAUCUUCUUGAUUUUUCCCAACUACUGUUUGGGUCGUGGACUGAUCGAUUUGGCCAAGAAUCAGUUCAUGGAUGUCUUUGAGAGGUUUGGUAAGUUUCCAAACUUUUCCUGAGUUUAAGCAUCAACUGCCUCUCUGUCGCCAUUAACUGUUUACAGUUUCUCAUUUAUUUUUUAUUUCAAUUGUUCGUUUACGUCUUUCGUUUUAGGCGUUAAUCUUGUUCGAGAUCCUUUCAGUUGGGAUAUUACAGGAAGAAAUAUUUUCAUGAUGAUCAUUCAAGGAUUUUUGUUUUUCGUCAUCACUGUCCUCAUCGAGUACCGUUUCUUUAUUCCUCAAAGGUUGGUGUAUUUUUAAUGCCUUGUUUGAGAGUCAUUUUCGUAAACUAAAGAAACAGCUUACUUGCAUGGUAUUCUUAAAAUUUCUUUUGCCAGUUCAUGUAUUGCACGAUUUAUGUCAAGUUGUGGUGUACUAGUUUGCUAAAAUUAAAAGCGAAAUUCAGGCCUUAAGGUUCUUGUGUUCUGUGCAUCGUAGUCGUCAUGUGAUUUCGUUUUACUUGAAUUUGUGUAGCAAGCGUUCCCUUUCACUUCGUCGGGUAGUGCUUUUUACGCAGGCUAAGAGACCAUUUUCGAGUUACCCGAAACUUCUUUUUUUAAAACGAGGUUAAGUGCGAAGUCUUCGAUAUAAAAGGGUCAUCUUAUGAAAGGUUUUUCCAUAUCAUUUGCUUGGCCUCGCGUUGAAUGCAAAGGUUUUUGGAAAUCGGACGUGGCCUGAAUUCCUAUUUGCUGUGAUUUGUUGCGUCUUCUUCACCUUGCUUUCGGGGACUUCAAAAGACUGUGCUUUAUUGGAUUAUUAAUGUAUUGAGCACGAAAGCACUAAUUGGGGACAUAAUAUUUAUGUCUCCCUCUUGAGUCGGGACCGUCAUUUUAUGCCAUGGUCAUCCGAGCCACUCGAAGGUCUAGCCAUUUGUAGAGCAAAGGCAGUACCUUCCAUUCGCAGUUAUUUUAAGACUCUGAGUAUUGCUUCGACCCCGGGAAUCGAACUCGCGACCUCCCGCUAUGCAGUCGAGCGCUUCACCGACUGAGCUAAUCCUGCCGAUUUAAAGUAAUUUGAGACGUUUCAUUCUCAUUUCGCCAGGCGCGUUAAAGUGUCACUUAAGCCAGUGGAGAACGAGGAUGAUGACGUGGAACGAGAAAGGCAGCGUAUUGAAAGAGGAGGAGGGACCAAUGACAUUUUGCGACUGAACAAUCUGACUAAGGUAACAGUCAGAACUUCGUCACUUUUGGAGUGUUCGUAAUGUCAAUGAAGAACUAAUUAGCCAUGUUCAAAACGAGCGGGAACUGGUACCGAACGACUUAAAAGAUCGCAAAGGGUCAAGGGAUCGGUUGGGGGGACGACAAAAAUAAACAACCCCAAGAAGCUUUGUUGUCGCGUAUCGUAACCAAUUUUUUGGGGUUCAAAUCUCGGAGGCGACGCUAUUUAUAGCUUCAGUUUGAAAGGUUUUUCUUCAAUGACUCUGGUUUUCCCCUUCUCCUCAAAGGCCAUUAAUUCCAAAUUCUAUUUCGAUUACUUCCCAACUCUUUGCAACUCUUUAUCACAGCUAUUCCUCGGUUAUUGUCAAUGAAUAUAAAGCGCUUGGAAACUCUGCAUACCUUUAAUGUUCGCGAGCAACGAUUGUCUAUAUAACUGAGUCUUUAUACGUACAUUCGUGUUUUAGGUGUACAAGUCUAGAAAAAGACGAAACGUAGCUGUCAACAGACUUUGCGUCGGAGUCCCCAAAGGCGAGGUGAGACGUUUUGAAAAACAAUGAAUCCUUGUUUAGUCUUUCUUGUGUAAUGAUUGAAACUGUGCAUUUUACAAGCUUGCGAUCACACCCUCACCAUAUCUCUAUAUGGCCCUCGGAAAGGAAGGCGUUCUUUUUUUCCGAUGAGUUUUACAAAGUUUAUUAAAAUGUGCAUUUAAACGGCACGAAAAAACCAGACGUUUCGAGGGUGCUCCCUCCCAGUGAUUUAAAGCAACUGAAAAAAGCACGUGCCAUGAAAUGUUCUGUUUUUCCCCCUGUUUGUAUCAAUCGCCAGAUCACAGGUUAGCACUUUACAAUCUAUUAAACCCAGGGUAAGAGAGGGGAUAAAUUAAAACAUUCUCAACUCUUUGUUCAAAUAACACUUUUACAUUACUUUUUAGUGGUUUUAAACGCGUGAUGUUUUGUUUUUCUCUAUUCUAGUGUUUUGGCCUGUUAGGUGUAAACGGAGCUGGCAAAACCACCACUUUCAAAAUGCUUACAGGAGAUAUAUCAGUGACCGAAGGAGAGGCGUUUGUUGAUGGCCACAGGUAAACAAACUGAAAUUGUCAUAUCGCUCUCUUUUCUCAUUUCUCGAUUUGCAGCCCAUUGGAAUUCCCUCACGUUUCUAAGUUAGCGUUCGCGUUUCGUCCAGUUUUAACUACUCGCUGUGCCUUGUAUUCUAGCCAGAGAAAACAGGGGAGAUUACGCGACACGAACAGUAGUUUUCCCGCCAAAAGAACGACUGCAAAAAUUCAUACUGAUGACGUAUUACAACCCAGAUAAGGGUAGUGCUUCUGAUUGGUUGAAGCGAAUUUCCUUCGCGGCACCACCAAUCAGAAGCACUACCCAGAUCUGGGUAGUGAUACGUCAUCAGUAUGGAAUUUCUGCGCUCGUUCUUAAGUUGUCAAUUCGCGGUGGCGUCGCGAAAUGUGGGCUGUUUUCUCAGGCUACUUGUGUCUAACACCCUUUUACGUUUAUUACGGAGCACCACUUAAUUUGUUUCGAAAUUCUCUCCUUUUAUAGCAUUUUAAGCAACAUAAAUAACGCUCAUCAAUCCAUGGGCUACUGUCCUCAGUUUGACGGGCUUGAUAACCUACUGACAGCCGCUGAACACCUUCAGCUGUACGCGCGGCUCAGAGGAGUUCCCGAGAAAGAUGUGGAACAGGUUUGACUUGUUUUCUGUUAUGCAGAAAGGUGUUAUGUUAUGUUUAUUUUUCUGCCGUCACGUUGUAAACUGUAACUACAUCUACUGUGCGUGAUAGUAUCGUAGCCCCAUUGUUAGGUAAUUGGUAAUCUAUCCAUCUGAGAGCUUUGGUUGUGACGUCAGCGUACGCUGAAUGAAUUGAAUUUUUUGUGAGUAAGAGGUCGACUUGAAUGUGAUAAAGUAAUUAACGUUAACAAUUCAACCUGCCGGAUGACCUAAAUGUAUUGAACUUCGAAAAACGCGCGAUAAAUGACGUUAAGCAUAGACGUCAAAUUUGAUGCCGGGCUAACAUGCGCAUGGCAAGUAUCUUGAAAAUGUUGGAUUGUGGGCCGGAAGUAAUAAUUCCCUUUGUUUUCAGGUUGUCGACAGUCUCAUUCUUCGAAUGAAUCUCAGUGAGUACAGAAAUAGGUGCGCUGGGGGGUACAGUGGUGGAAACAAGAGGAAGCUGUCCACAGCCAUCGCACUGGUCGGCAAUCCACCAAUCGUUUUCCUUGUAAGCAUCCUUGAUUGUCCUAAGUUUCAAAUUAGAUUAUUUGACAACCCCUGCCAGCAGCUCUUUUCUUUUGCUUGCUCGAGAAAGACUGUAUUAUGUAUGAAUCGAGGAAGAAUUUUGUUAAGCAUACGUGGCGUGUUGGUAGGAUAUACUUUCGAACCCAGGCCUAAAAGCCGUGCGCUUGCUACAGCGCGCUUGGUUAUGACUGUCGGCUCAUCAAUAAACGGAAACUCGCGCCCAAAAAAAAAAACAGUUUGACGAGAGAAAACAAGAUUGACUAGCCAAAAGUUGGGGCUGCGGCGACCUCAGAGGCCGGAAGAGAUUCAAGUAGAGCCUCCGUUUUUCCUUCUCGAUCAAGAAGACAAAAAUCAUACGUUUCUGGGAAACCGCCCACAUACCCCUCCCCUAGGCCAACAUUAGCACUUACUUCUCACUUAGGGCAAAAUGUUGGCUUAAGGGAGGGGUAGGUGGGCAUUUUCCCAGAAAUGUAUGAUGAUCCGAAAUCUUCAUGUUGAGGAAACUAGCACAAUUUUUUCCCACUUGAUGACGUGACUAUUUAAUUGGUUUGUGGUCACAACACAAAUAAGUUACUCACAUUGCGGUUGUCCUUUUUGCAGGAUGAACCCACAACUGGCAUGGACCCAAAAGCUCGCAGAUUCCUGUGGAAUAUUAUCACUGGAAUUGUUAAGGAGGGCCGCACGGUUAUUUUAACUUCCCACAGGUAAGGUCACUGAAACAGUCACUCAUUCACUAUAGUGAGAAUCAAUACACAAACCAAAAUGUAAGAACCACCUUGGAUAGCUUAUAAUCAGUGCCACAGGGAAGAACUGCCCAGUAGCUUUUAUUUGAGUGGUAACUCUUAAGGUUUUCAUCCACAGACUCAAAAGGUUAGAACCACCUUGUACAGCAUAUUAAACAGCAGUACAGGAAAGUACUGCUCAGUAGCUUUCAUUUGAAUGGUAACACUUAGGGAUUUCUUCCACAGACUCAAAAGUUAGAAAGACCUUGUACAGCAUAACAAACAGUACCACAGGAAAGUACUAUUCAGUAGCUUUCAUUUGAAUGGUCACACUUAAGGACUUCAUCCAUAGACUCAAAAGUUAGAACCACCUUGUACACCAUAAUAAACAGUACCACAGGAAGGUAGUGCUCAUGUUGGAAAUAUCCUUUAUACCUUAAUGAAUAAAAAUAAAAGGAAAUUACUGCCAAGUACCUUUCAUUGAAUGGCCACACUUUUAAACUGUGUUUUGCUGUUACCAUUUUGUUUGCAGUAUGGAAGAGUGUGAGAAUCUGUGUAGUCGUUUAGGAAUCAUGGUUAAUGGACAGUUUAAAUGUCUUGGUAGUCCACAGCAUUUGAAAAACAAGUAAGUUACUAGGACUAUAAAACUUUUCACAGCUUGCGGGCAACGUAGGAGGUAUGAAUACAAUGUUGCGGCGUUUUAUAAUAGUAGAACAGUGGCGCUCUUUAAGCUCAUCGUCGGUUAAUGUGCGUGAGAACAUGUGCCUAGUAGAAAAUUUAGGGAUUCAAGGCAAUGAGGCAGGUAUCCAUGGCAAGCUUGCGAACAAAUUUCUGUGCCAGUAGCCCUAGCUGGUACAGUUACACUUAACCUUCACUAGAAAAGUAACCCUCUACAACUACUACUUCCAUAAUGUCUGAUCAAGUAUAGGACCGAGUGGGUUUGGUGGGGAAAGAUACUUGGUCGCAACAGGAGCCUAUGAGCUUGAAUUGAAUUUUGAACGUAACGCCUAACACGAGGCUUAAGUGUGGUCAGCAGGAAUUCAUGCUCCCCUCUCCUAGUCCACUCCCCAGAAAAACAACAAGAACUGAACAAAGUAUAACAAGCCGUCUCAUGUCACGAAGAAGCCUUCUAAUAGUUUUUUUGUUUUUUGUUUUUUGUUUUUUCUCGUCUUCCUUUGUCUAAAAUACACUUUGCCGCAUAGAAGUGGUUCUGUUGCCCUAAGAAUUAUGACGAAUUCCUUUCGUUUUUUCUCAAGGUAUGGAGAUGGAUACACGGUUACUUUGCGAAUCGGAGGAGAAGAGCCCAAUUUGGACGCUGUGUCAGAGUUUAUUAGUAGCCUGUUCCCCGGUGCAGUGUUGAAGGUACGAAAUUCAGCCAAUUUUGCACUCGCAUAGCUUAAAGUAAUUUUUCUCUUCUGAAAGAUGCCACGUUGUUAGUACAAAGCGAAACUGUGGUCGGACUUUAUCACGCGUAUUGAACGGCAAUAGUUCACUUAAGAGUUGCACUAUGCCUCUGUUUCAAACAGAGGCUAAGAGCUAAGACAUUCUCAUGCAAACUAAACUGAGUUUCACAAGGUUUUGCACUAAGCCUCGUUUUCAAAGUGAAAGUGUUUGGAACUCUGAAUUGUCCUAUUGUGCGUGGUAGGUGGGAAUGAUUAUUGACUACCGCCAAGAGAUAUCCUUUGCAAUGUUAUUUCUUUUGUGUGAGAACUGUAACUUCAGCAAUUCGAGAUGUGAGUAUAACUGAAAUUGAUUCGAUUUCUUUAUUCUUUAUCUUUUCGUUUAUUUUUAUUUAUUUCAGGACAAACAUCAUAACCAGCUUGAAUAUCAGUUCCCAUCUCAAGGACUUGUUCUUUCGAAGGUUUUUGGUCAUUUAGAAGCUAACCGAAAGAUUUUUGACAUCGAAGAUUACUCAGUUUCACAGACAACACUUGAUCAGGUUGGUUAG